UGGGCCUCCUGGGAAGCUGGCGGCGCCGGAACUGCUCGCGGCCUAGUUGAGCAGCGCGUGUGCAAGUAAACCGGAAGCGGGGAACCGCAGCGGGCCGGGCUGCGGAGACCGGACGAAGCCGCUGUCAUGGAGGAGUGACGCGCCUGCGCCCGCUUUUCCGGGGCGGCAGCGAGACAUGAGGAGACCCAGUGGCGGGGACAGUGGCGGCGGCUCCUGAGCCCGGAGAUGGAGGAGAAAUACGGCGGGGAUGUACUCCCCGGGCCCACCGGAGGCGGCGGCGGCCUCGGGCCGGUGGACGUGCCCAGUGCUCGAUUAACAAAAUAUAUUAUAUUACUGUGUUUCACUAAAGUUUUGAAAGCUGUGGGACUCUUUGAAUCAUAUGAUCUUCUAAAAGCAGUUCAUAUUGUUCAGUUCAUUUUUAUAUUAAAACUUGGGACUGCAUUUUUAAUGGUUUUGUUUCAAAAACCAUUCUCUUCUGGAAAAAGUAUUACUAAACACCAGUGGAUCAAAAUAUUUAAACAUGCAGUUGCUGGGUGUAUCAUUUCUCUCUUAUGGUUUUUUGGCCUUACUCUUUGUGGACCACUAAGGACUUUGCUGCUAUUUGAACACAGUGACAUUGUUGUCAUCUCACUACUCAGUGUUUUAUUCACUAGUUCUGGAGGAGGACCAGCAAAGACAAGGGGAGCUGCUUUUUUCAUUAUUGCAGUGAUCUGCUUGUUGCUUUUUGACAAUGAUGAUCUCAUGGCUAAAAUGGCUGAACACCCUGAAGGACAUCAUGACAGUGCUCUAACUCACAUGCUUUAUACAGCCAUUGCCUUCUUAGGUGUGGCGGAUCACAAGGGUGGAGUAUUAUUGUUAGUACUGGCUUUGUGUUGUAAAGUUGGUUUUCAUACAGCUUCCAGAAAGCUCUCUAUAGAUGUUGGUGGAACAAAACGUCUUCAAGCUUUAUCCCAUCUUGUUUCUGUGCUUCUGUUGUGCCCAUGGGUCAUUGUUCUUUCUGUGACAACUGAGAGUAAAGUGGAGUCUUGGUUUUCUCUCAUUAUGCCUUUUACAACGGUUAUCUUCUUUGUCAUGGUUCUGGAUUUCUAUGUUGAUUCCAUUUGUUCAGUCAAAAUGGAAAUUUCCAAAUGUGCCCGCUAUGGAUCCUUUUCCAUCUUUAUUAGUGCUCUACUUUUUGGAAAUUUUUGGACACAUCCAAUAACAGAUCAGCUUCGGGCUAUGAACAAAGCCCCACACCAGGAGAGCACUGAGCAUGUCCUCUCUGGAGGAGUGGUAGUAAGCACUGUGUUCUUCACUUUGUCUGCCAACAUCUUAUCAUCUCCCUCUAAGAGAGGACAGAAAGGUACCCUAAUUGGAUAUUCUCCUGAAGGAAUGCCACUUUAUAACUUCAUGGGUGAUGCUUUUCAGCAUAGCUCUCAAUCAAUCCCCAGGUUUAUUAAGGAAUCACUAAAACAAAUUCUUGAGGAGAAUGACUCUAGGCAGAUAUUUUACUUCUUGUGCCUGAAUCUGCUUUUUACAUUUGUGGAAUUAUUCUAUGGCGUGUUGACCAAUAGUCUGGGUCUGAUCUCAGAUGGAUUUCACAUGCUUUUUGACUGCUCUGCUUUGGUCAUGGGACUUUUUGCGGCCCUGAUGAGUAGAUGGAAAGCAACUCGGAUUUUCUCCUAUGGGUAUGGUCGAAUAGAAAUUCUCUCUGGAUUUAUUAAUGGACUUUUCCUAAUGGUAAUAGCAUUCUUUGUGUUCAUGGAGUCCGUGGCUAGGUUAAUUGAUCCUCCAGAAUUAGACACACACAUGUUAACACCAGUCUCAGUUGGAGGGCUGAUAGUAAACCUUAUUGGUAUCUGUGCCUUUAGCCAUGCCCAUAACCACGCUCAUGGAGCUUCUCAAGGAAGCUGCCACUCCUCUGAUCACAGCCAUUCACACCAUAUGCAUGGACACAGUGACCAUGGGCAUGGUCACAGCCACGGAUCUGCAGGUGGAGGCAUGAAUGCCAACAUGAGGGGUGUAUUUCUACAUGUUUUGGCAGACACACUUGGCAGUAUUGGUGUGAUUGUAUCCACAAUUCUUAUAGAGCAGUUUGGAUGGUUCGUUGCUGAUCCUCUCUGUUCUCUUUUUAUUGCUAUAUUAAUAUUUCUCAGUGUUGUUCCACUGAUUAAAGAUGCCUGUCAAGUUCUGCUUUUGAGACUGCCACCAGAACAUGAAAAAGAACUACAUAUUGCUUUAGAAAAGAUACAAAAAAUUGAAGGAUUAAUAUCAUACCGCGACCCUCACUUUUGGCGCCAUUCUGCUAGUAUUAUAGCAGGAACAAUUCAUAUACAAGUGGCAUCUGAUAUACUAGAACAAAGAAUAGUACAGCAGGUUACAGGAAUACUUAAAGAUGCUGGAGUAAACAAUUUAACAAUUCAAAUUGAAAAAGAAGCGUAUUUUCAACAUAUGUCUGGUUUAAGUACUGGAUUUCAUGAUGUUCUUGCUAUGACAAAACAAAUGGAGUCUAUGAAAUACUACAAAGAUGGUACUUUCAUCAUGUGAGAUGACGUGAGAAUUAGCCCUGGAAUAUGAACAAUGAAGACAAAAUUACUCAGUAUUUAUGACAUUGCCAGAGGGAAGAAUGUUGCAUAUACUGUACAGAAACAUUUUCCUAUAAUUGAAAAAAAAAAAAAAACUUUGAAGCUCCCUAUCAUUAAAUCAAGGAAUUUUUCUUAAAGGAAAUUUAUAUAACAAAGCACUAACUGUACAAGUAAAAGAAUAAUUUGAAUUACGUGUAUAACAAGAAUCUUAAAAAUAUGAGUAAAUAUCAUGUUUGAAAAUGAACCUUGAAUGAUAGAUUUUAGUGAAGACCAAACUAUCUGUUUAUGCUUUCUAUCAGUAAGGUUCUACAUUGUAAAUAAUGUAUUUACAUGUUUAUUACAAAGAUCCAAAUGGGGGGGGGUUAACUUUUUGCAUAGCCCUAAGAUAAAAUAGGAAUGAAAGUUCUAUAUUUAUGGAUUUUCUGUAUAUAAAACUUGUUUCUAAUUAUAACUAAAUCCAUUAAGUAAAAUCUGUAUUGUCACUUUAACUGUAAACUAAAUUAUUUGGGAUAAACAUCAGCCACUGGUAUAUGAUAAACAGUGAGAAUAGAAAAAUAGAGCAUUACAGUCUUUGAUGUAUUACAAAAACCAACCACUCUGUAAAAUAAAUUUUUUACUUUUGGUAAUAUUCGCAAAUGAAUAAUUACUUUACUAGGGUAAAGAACUUAUACUAAGUAUGUCUGUGUCUUCUUCCUCUAAAAUAGAGUACUCCAUUUCUUGUUAUACAUCUGGCAUUCCAAGUUGCUUAUCAAGCUUGUAUCCAAGCAGUGCUAGACUUUUUUUCAUCUUUUCAUUUAAUUCCAUAUGUUGUGCAAUAACUAGUUGAGAGAAUCAUCAAUUGUCAACUCUUGACAAUUAAUGUCAAUUGUCAAGUUGACAAUUGUCAACUCUUGAGUUAAAUUUUCUGCCUAUAACUGUAACUUUUUAAAUGCCGGGUACCUAUACAUAUUUUUUUAAGUAGGUAAUUAUUUUAAAGUUUAAUAAGUAAAUCUGUUUAUAAACACUUGGGCACCACAAGUCAAAAUACUUAUAUAGCUACUUUCUAUAUUAACACAACUUAUACUUUUUCCAAUUUAAACUGAAUGUAGUCUGAAAAGACUUAACUAAAAGAUAUAAUAAUAUAUGCAGUUUAUGAACACCAAAGAAUGUCAGAGGAAACUUUUGAAUAUCUGCCUAUUUAUAAGUAACUGAAUAUUUUCAUUCUUAUGAGGAAUUUUGAUAAGUAGGACGAAUUAAUUUUAGUAUUGGUACUAUUUUCUUAUCUAUACUAUGAUGGCAAACGUACUGUAAAUCAUAUAUUUUGUCUUACCAAUUUUAAUAUGUGAGAGAUUUUAGAAAUUUGUUAUAAGUUAUUUUGAUAUUUCUUGUCUUCUUACACAUUUUCUGGUCCAGAAUCUUCAAUACAAUAUUAAAAUUUUUGAGUGGUGGGAAAAUAA